AUGCCAGGACUAACAGCACCUUCAGAUUACUCCAAAGAACCCCCUCGCCACCCUUCUCUUCAAAUCAAUUCCAAGGAACCUUUCAAUGCAGAGCCAAAACGUUCAGCGCUUAUCGCAUCUUACGUUACGCCUUCGGAUUUCUUCUAUAAGCGGAAUCACGGUCCGAUUCCCAUCGUUGAAGACAUCGAUAGAUACUGCGUGGUGAUUUCUGGUCUCGUGGAGCAUUCCAAACAGCUUUUUAUGAAUGAUAUCAGGAAGCUUCCGAAAUAUAAUGUAACUGCCACACUGCAGUGCGCUGGGAAUCGUAGGACUGCUAUGAGCAAGACUAGGACAGUGAAAGGGGUUGGAUGGGAUGUUUCUGCUAUUGGAAAUGCUGUUUGGGGUGGUGCUAAAUUGGCUGAUGUUCUUGAACUUGUUGGAAUUCCAAAGUUGACAAGUGUCACUCAAUUUGGUGGAAAGCAUGUUGAGUUUGUAAGCAUUGAUAGGUGUAAGGAAGAAAAUGGAGGACCAUAUAAGGCUUCAAUACCACUCAGUCAGGCUGCAAAUCCUGAAGCAGAUGUUCUACUUGCGUAUGAAAUGAAUGGAGAAAUUCUUAACCGGGAUCAUGGAUACCCAUUACGUGUGAUUGUUCCUGGUGUCAUUGGAGCCCGGUCUGUUAAAUGGCUAGAAGCUAUCAAUAUCAUUGCAGAAGAAUGCCAGGGUUUCUUCAUGCAAAAAGACUACAAAAUGUUUCCGCCAUCAGUGAAUUGGGACAAUAUUGAUUGGUCAACAAGAAGACCUCAAAUGGAUUUUCCUGUUCAGUGUGUUAUAUGUUCUUUGGAAGACGUGAGCACGGUAAAGCCUGGAAAGGUAAAAAUAAGCGGUUAUGCAGCAUCAGGUGGUGGGAGAGGCAUUGAGAGAGUAGAUGUGUCUGUUGAUGGAGGCAAAACAUGGAUGGAAGCCUCAAGAUUUCAAAAAAAGGACAUUCACUAUGUAUCAGAUGAUGCCAACAGUGAAAAAUGGGCUUGGGUGCUAUUUGAGAUCACUGCUGAUAUUCUUCACAGCACAGUGAUUAUUGCAAAAGCGGUAGAUUCGGCCGGAAAUGUUCAACCUGAAAAGGUUGAAGACAUUUGGAACCUUAGAGGGAUAUUAAACACUUCAUGGCACCGCGUACAAGUUCAAGCGAGCCACUCAAGCUUGUAA